AUGAAUUCGAGAGCAUCAUUAGCGCUGGUUGUUUUAAGCGCGGUCACAGUAAUGAGCUUACCACCACCUCAUCCUGCGGUGGUGGAUGUAAGACAUGCUGAAGAACAGCUACCACCACAUCUGAGGAGUCCAGCUUUAAGAAACCCUCACUUUCUGGAGACUCUACAACUAACUAGCCUUCUUCAUAAAGGAGAAAAACCGGUAUUCGAACGCCAGUCGGACACAAUACCGCGAAAAGAGAUUUACAAUAUACUAACUCACGCAGGAUUUAUUGGUCGUAAACGAUACAUAAAUCAUAUACCCAAAUAUCAUUCUGAAGUUCAAUCAUUCCAUCACAACGAUAUACCUUUCGAAAUUAAUUCCAAUAUAAUACAAUAUUUAUAA